CUCACUCUCUCUCUCUCUCUCUCUCUCUAUCUAUAUAUAUAUAUAUAUAUAUGCAAGUCACUGAAGAGUCAAAACGUCUCUGUCUCCGAUCUUCAUCACCGAUCGUGGUUUGUUCAUCCUCCAUCAGCAAAGUGAUCUUGUGAUCGACAAGCACUUAUCCGAUCUGAAGCUCUCACUUCACAAGUUCAGAAAUCGAUCCGUUCGCUUUCGUCCCUCCUUUCCUUCCUUUUAUUUUCUCGGGAACCAAUCGGUACUUUUCCAGAAAGUGUAACAUUAUGGGGUGCAACGUGUUUGGGGAGCCCAUCACCGACAAAUUAAUCUUAAGAGGAAUGGAGGAGUACGAGAAAUACACGGUCAAACAGUGGGAGAGAGCUCGAGCGGCUUUAGAGGGGAAGAACGAAGGAGACAAGGACACCAAGGCUCGCCAGUAUGUGGAGAAGCUCAGACAGGAAUGGGGCGACAGAGCUUGCACGCUCUGCCUGAUCUACAAUGCCACUGGCAGCAAUGUGGUGCUGGUAACCACACAUGAUUUUCACGGCCGCAUCGGCCAUGGCCCGUACCCGAUCAUGAUCGAGAAUGGCCAGUGGGGGGCGUUUCUGCACGGAAGAACUCCCCAGGAGUACACCGGCUCAUCGGCCGCUGUCGUGUAUCGGGGCAAGAACAGAGAGGAGUUGCCGUGUGACUGGAUGCUGGCUUGGUCCAACCCCUGGGACAGAUUCGAGUGGAAAAACAAGGCCUACACGGAGAUUGGUGAAGCUACCCGGUACCAAAGGACAAAUGAUGUUUGGAAUACAGUGUCAAGUAACGUAAAUGAGUCGGGCACUUAUCAUAGCAACAUGUGGAAUGGAUGCGCGUCUUAUGUCUCAAUUGGGAACGACAACGCGGCCCUGCUCGAGGCAAUUCUCACGUUGAAAGACGCGAUAGACUACUGAUAUCGGUGGCCCUUGCCUUGCAAUGCUUGAGCAGCAGUAGCAGCAGCAAUAGGAAGAAACAAAGCAUCCACCUGCAGGCUGCAGCUAGCACUCAAAACAAAGCAUUCAUAUAUAAUGUAAGGCCUUUAUCAAACAUUUAUAUGUACGUACGUACGUACGUAGUGAGUGAUUUUAUUUCUGUCCGUCUGUCUUGAAAGACAUGCUAUUUAAAUUGGUACUGUUGCGUGCACUUGCUCCGUGACCGGGAGCUUUUUAUCUUCAUGCUUUGUUUGAGAAACAUCAACCUCUGUUUACUAUUUAUUCUCUGUUUAGUA